ACACCUCGUACUCUUUUCCUCUUCCUCUGUUCUUCUCUCUAUUGUCUGUCUGUCGGAGCCAGAAGAACAAACAAGAAAAAUAAAAAUAAUAAAAAUAUUUUCAUUUUUCUCCUAGAUUUCCAUUCACUGUUCUCUCGCUACUCCUUCUUCUCCGUUCAAUUCUCUGUUCGUUGAUUGUUUUUUUGCGGGAAAAAGGAAUGGCGGCGGCGGCGAUGACGACUCCAGCGGUGGUGGCUCAGACUGCAACAGCCCCGGUUGCUCCGGUGACGGCUCCAGCGCCGGCAUUGGUCGGAGGAGGGCCAUUUGCGAAUGCGUCUCUGUACGUAGGCGAUCUCGAAGGGAACGUGAACGAGGCGCAGCUGUAUGAUCUGUUCAGCCAGUUGGCUCAGAUUGUCUCGAUUAGGGUUUGCAGGGAUCAGACCAAGCGAUCCUCUCUCGGUUACGCUUAUGUCAACUUUGCUAACGCUCAGGAUGCGGCUAAUGCAUUGGAACUUCUGAACUUCACUCCUGUGAAUGGGAAGCCUAUUCGGAUUAUGUUUUCUCAGCGUGAUCCGAGCAUCCGGAAAAGUGGAUAUGCCAAUGUGUUUAUCAAGAACCUGGACACAUCAAUUGAUAACAAGGCAUUGCAUGACACUUUUGCUGCCUUUGGCCCUGUGCUUUCUUGUAAGGUGGCUGUUGAUGCAUCUGGUCAGUCGAAAGGGUAUGGUUUUGUGCAGUUUGACAAUGAUGAGGCUGCCCAGAAUGCCAUUAACAAGUUGAAUGGCAUGCUGAUUAAUGAUAAGAAAGUCUAUGUUGGACUCUUUGUGCGGCACCAGGAAAGGGGUCGAGCAAAUGGAUCACCCAAGUUCACUAAUGUUUAUGUCAAGAACCUUUCUGAAUCAUGCACUGAUGAGGACCUGAAGCAGCUAUUUGCCCCCUUUGGUGUGAUAACUAGUGCAACAGUUAUGAAAGAUGUGAAUGGCAAUUCCAAAUGCUUUGGCUUUGUGAAUUUCGAGAGCCCAGAUUCAGCGGCUGCUGCAGUUGAGAAGUUGAAUGGGACAACUAUCAAUGAUGACAAGGUUUUAUAUGCGGGAAGAGCUCAGAGGAAAGCAGAAAGAGAAGCUGAGUUGAGAGCCAAAUUUGAGCAGGAAAGAAUUAGCAGAUAUGAAAAGUUACAAGGUGCUAACUUGUAUGUGAAAAAUCUUGAUGACAACAUCAAUGAUGAAAAGCUGAAGGAUUUGUUUUCCGAGUUUGGAACUAUAACAUCGUUCAAGGUGAUGCUGGAUUCUUAUGGGAAUAGCAAAGGUUCUGGUUUUGUGGCCUUUUCUACUCCUGAGGAAGCAAAUCAAGCCAUGACUGAGAUGAAUGGGAAGUUGGUUGGUCGGAAGCCUCUCUAUGUUGCUGUCGCCCAGCGCAAAGAAGACAGGAAGGCUCGAUUGCAGGCUCAUUUUGCUCAAAUCCAAGUACCUGGUGGAAUGGCACCUCUGCCUGCAGGAAUUCCUGGAUAUCAUGCAGGGACCCCAAGACUUGCCCCUCAACAGCUAUAUUAUGGUCAAGGGUCACCUGGCUUCAUGCCCCCUCAGCCUGCUGGAUAUGGUUUCCAGCAGCAAAUGUUGCCAGGAAUGCGGCCUGGUGUUGCUCCAAAUUUCAUUAUGCCAUACCAGGUUCAGAGACAGGGUCAGCCUGGGCAGAGAAUGGGUGGUCGACGAAAUGGAAACCUCCAAUCAGGGCAGCCGAAUCAAGUGCCACAUCGCAACUCCAACCAAGGGUUUAGAUAUAUGGCCACCAAUCGAAAUGGUAUGGACCCAUCUGUUGUUCCUCAAAGUUCAGUGGGUCCAGUGAUGCCCAUGCCCUUUGAUGGUUAUGGAGUUACUGCAGCUCCUGCUGAAAAUCAGCGUCCCGCGGUGUCAUCUGCCACACUUGCCUCAACUUUGGCUUCUGCUACCCCAGAAAAUCAGCGCCUGAUGUUGGGAGAACAUCUAUAUCCCCUCGUGGAGCAUCUUACCCCAAACCAACAUACUGCAAAGGUGACUGGGAUGUUGCUGGAGAUGGACCAGUCAGAGGUAAUACAUCUUAUUGAAUCUCCUGAGGACCUGAAGAUGAAGGUGUCUGAGGCAUUGCGGGUCCUUCGUGAUGCUGCUGCACCAGGUUCUGAAGUUAGUGAUCAGCUUGGCUCAUUCUCAUUGAAUGAAUGAAAUAAUCUCCCGUUUUAGCGGUAGAUGUUGCAACGCAACAUAUUUUGGGCUUAUUGAGCUAGUAUUAUUUAUGGAGUCUCUUGCGAUUUUAAACUUUAUCAGGAUCACAGGUUUCCUUUUUGCGCGAUAAUUUAUUGGUGGAUUAAAGGAUUUGUUUUGGUGGGCCUUUUUUGGCUUCGUUUUAGUAUUUUCAUAUAGGACCGAAUUCACAGUAAAGGAGUUUAUUAGCCUUUGACAAUAAAUUUAUUUUAAAGGACCUAUUUUAGACCUA